UGGCCCAACUCCCUUCCUUGCGCCCCAACUCCGGAGAGGGAGCCGGAGCGCGAACAGUGUGGCAGGAUGAGCAGACCCCUGAAGGAGAAGCUCCAGCGCCUGCAGUGUCACUUCACCUGGGACUUUGAGGUCAAGGACAAGAUGCACAUCAGACACACCCUGCUUACUCUGGCUGUCCGCCUGGAGCAUGGCCCCCUCCGCAACCGGGGCACCUACCUUGCCCUGAAGGCCUACCUGCGCCACCUGGAGGGGAGCCCCAAAGAGGCCCUGGCCAUCCUGCAGGAAGCCAAGGAGGUCUUGAGGAAGGAGCCUCCGGGGACCUUCCCACGCCACGUCCUGCUGCUCUACGGGAACUACGCCUGGAUCUAUUACCACUUGACCGAUUAUGACAAGGUGGACCUCUACUUGGCCCAGAUCCGCCAGAUUUGCCAGGACCUGUCCAGCCCUGAGCCCUACUCGGCCCCGAUCCCGGAGGUCUACGCCCAGAAGGGCUGGUCCCUCUUGGCCAUGGGCUUCCGGAACGGCCAGCUGGCCAAGGAGUGUUUCCAGAAGGCCCUGGAGCUGCAGGAACCAAGCGUGGAGCUGCAGGAGGGCCUGGCCUUCUCCACCUUCGCUUCCUGGACACACUCCUACGAGGAUGAGAAGUUACAGGAUGAGAGCCGGAAGUUGCUGGAAGGGCUGAUCCGUAGCCACCCCGAAAAUUAUGAAGUCAAAGUAUACUUGGCACAGACUUACCGUAUGAAAGAUGAUGAAAGAGCUUGGCAGCUUGCUGACGACGUGGUCCAGAACAGUCUCAACCCGGAACUCCUGAGAAUGGCCGCCAAGGUUUAUAAGGUCCACUCUCCCUCCCAAGCCAUUUCCACCCUGAAGAAGGCCAUCGCCCUCUGCGGUGAUUACUAUCUCCUCCACUACGACCUUGGCAUCUAUUACACCAUUCUCUUACAUCGAGGAUCCGAGCGGAAACGAGCGGACGUCAUGGAGGACGCCAUUGGGAGUUUCAGACGAUCUCUGGAAGAUAAUCCUGGAUCCGUGUUUUCCCGGCUGAAGCUGGCGAACUUGUACGGAGAAAGGUGCCAGCUUUACGAGGAGGAGGUCUACCUGAGUGUGAUGGAGGAACUCCCAACUGCCACCAAGAGAUGCCAGCAGUCUUUCUAUCUGCACUGGGGGGAUUUCCUCCUCCAGAAGAAGGGGCAGAGGCAGGCAGCGUUGCAGGCGUACAAGGCCUGCCUCGAGGUGCCAGGAGAUCACCCUGUGGAACAGAAGCAUCUGGGGGUGCGUCUGAGAGAGCUCGCCAGGGAUUUCCAUUUGGAAGGCGACACGGAACAAGAGAGAGCUGUCCACCGUCUGCUGAGCGAAAUGGCAGCAAAGCAUCAGGGGGGCCCUUGUUGAUCUGCAGGCCUUGCCUCACGCAACUCUCCCUAGGAGCCGGCUGGGAAUAUGGGUGGUGCCUCCUCGCAGCCCUGAGCUGCUCCUUCCUGGGGUGUUGCUGGAAAGCAAGAUAAUGUUUGUGACAACCUCUCUCUCUUUCUCUUCCUUCCCCUUCUUUAUUGCAUGAAUAAUCCAGGGUGCACAUGAGUGGCCUAGAGGUGGAGCUCUCCCCUCACAAUCAGGGGGCUGUGAGUUCGAUCCUAC